AUGGCCGGAGAUCUAGAUACCCUCAUCGACAUGGGCUUUCCCCGCGAACGCGCAGAGCUUGCCGUCAAAGCCACCGGCGGUCUCCAGUCUGCCAUCGAUUGGCUCGAGACCAACCAGGACAAGUCCGUCGACGAGAUCAAGCAAGAGCAAGCCACCGCUGCCGCCAACGCCUCAGACGAGCCACCCGCCCUCCAGCCAGGCGAGGAAGCCAAAUCCCUCGUCUGCGAUGAGUGUGGCAAGAGAUUCCGCUCCGUCAACCAAGCCCAGUUCCACGGCGAGAAGACCGGCCACGAGCAGUUCUCAGAAUCCACCGAGGAGAUCGCGCCCCUCACAGAGGAACAAAAGGCCCAGCGCCUCCAAGAACUACGCGAGAAGCUCGCCGCCAAGCGCGCCACGCAGUCCGAACAAGAUAAAGAAGACCACAAGAGGAACGAGCAGAUCCGCAUGAAGGCCACAAAGGAGUCGCAAGAUCUCCGCGAAGAGCUACAAAAGAAGGAGCGCUUAAAGGAAGCCGCCGCCAAGCGCGCUGAGAAGAAGGCAGACGAAGACGCAAGGAAACGCGUCCUAGCCAAGCUCGAAGCCGACAAGCAGGAGCGCAAGCGUAAAGCUGAGAUUGAAAAGGCGAAGCGCGCUGGUCAAGCUCCUCCUCCUGCUCCCGUACAGGCGCCCCUCGCCACGUCCUCUGGUCCUACUACCAGCAAGCCUGCGAGCGCGUACACCGAGGCGCGUCUGGCGCUGCAGACACCCAGUGGAAGGGUCAUGAAGAACUUCCCGGUUGAGACUACGCUGUUCGAGGUUGCGCAUGCGCUGGAGCAGGAUGGCAUGACUGUGUCGACUUUCACGACCAACUUCCCCAAGAAGAUAUACGACCGGAGCGACUUUGGUAUGACGCUCAAGGAAGCGGGUAUGGUGCCCAGCGCGGCUUUGAUUGUCGGCUAG